AUGGCGUCACUGCCUCAUAUCUAUGUUUCCUUGCCUAGUAGAAACGAAGACAUCUACGUUACGCCGUCAAAAAUAUUGGAUAUCUAUCUAUCUAUCUAUCUAUCUAUCUAUCUAUCUAUCUAUCUAUCUGGUCAUCGUCGCGAGUACAGCAAAUUUACGCCAAACGGUGGCCUAGGCUUAGAUUUUUCCCUUCCGUGCGUGUUAUCUUUGCUUUCUCUCGCAAUUGCAUCAACUUUCGCUGAUCGUUCAUUAUUUCUUUCUUUACUACUGCUUUCCUUUUUAUCGUACUGCCAUCUUAACCGUUUACGCCGCCGCCUGCGUCGUCGUUAUCCCCUUAGUCGCCAUUCCUUCAGAGGAGGAAGCGUAUCCACACGUUUCCCAAGUCGCCGCCUCCUCUCGCGUGCAUUGUGCCUCGAUAACAUGUCAUUUACUGUCCACAUUUCCCAUCAUGUAUGUUCACGCCGGAAGUCAUUUCGGUCGAUGGAGACCAAUCCAGGUGUAAUUCUCGCAUCCCUUUCAAGCGCUCGCUUCAUUGACCGAUACUUGCGUCUAAAGUCCUUGCGACACGGUGCUCAAAUCGGAUUCAUUCCUCUUGGCUUACCUACGCGUCGAGAAAAUACGUUGACGGGAUGUCUACAUAUCGCGAAUAUCUACCACUACUAUCCGUGCCGCCGCCGCCUCCACCAGCGACUCCGUCAGAAUAGUAGCACGUUUGCAGACACCACCGGAAAGCCUGCCGCUGUCAUCCGUCCCCGCCACGUCCGUCCGUCUUACGCGAUGUUGAAGACCCAGGGACGUCGAAUGAUUGUCGUUCGUCUCCCGUUUUUGCAGCCCACCCCUGCCAAACUUUCGGUCCGCCGCUCUCGGGUAUAUUUUCCAGGCAAAUCUAUGCCGUCCAGUCACUUCCGCUAUCGGUCGGCGAAUUGUCGUCGCCUGCCGUCAGGCGCGUGGCCACCAUCGUUGAUAUUUAUGGGUCGCGGUGCCACAUAUUACACUGAGAGCGAUGCGCGUCAUUCCUUCAUCUCAACGUCGUCGUUUCUCUCCGGGCAAUCGCCCAUAGUUCUAUGGCGGGGCCGAAGGGCUGGGCCGAAGGGCGGGGCCGAAGGGCGGUGCCCUCCGUUCUAA